AUGAGUGUUUAUCCAUCAACAGAAUCAAAUUGGAAUUCAACAAAAAAACAUACACUUUCAUCAAAUGGAGAAUAUUCAUCUCCAACAAAACGUUCACGUCCAUCAUUAUCGCAACGUUUAGGUCUUGUCGAUGAUUCGGAUCUAUCUGAUGAUGAACCUUAUAGUCCAACAGAUAAUAAUUCAUUUGAAACACAACAAAGAAUUAUACGACAACCACAAGCAUCACUUAGAGAAUCAACAUUAAUAUCAAGUGGACAACCUUCAAAAGCUAUUUUAGAAUUACUUAAAGAUGAUGAAGAUGAUGAUGAAGAAGAAGAAGAAGAAGAAGAAGAAGAAGAAGAAGCUUAUAGUCCAUCACAAUUAGAUCCAGCUACUAUGGAUGAAGUUAGUCAUCAAUUAAAAGGAUUAAAUGAACCAUUAAAUUCAAUAUCUACUCCUGUUUCUCAACCAGCUAAUUAUGUUCCACCAACUUCUUCAAAUAUCCAUCAACAAGAUAUGGAUUAUCGCGAAAAAAAGAAAUCGAAUGAUAAUAUAAUAAAACAUGAAUUAAAUCAAAAUAAUUGUCGUAUUAUUCCAAUACAUGGUGAAUGUACAGGUGUUGAUCCUCGUCUUCGUAUUCAUUCAGCACGUCUUCGUUCAAAAGUUCGUCAAUUAGUUUUAGAACGUCUUUCAACAAAUGAUUUAAUUGAUCGUAAUGAAAUACUUGAAGAACUUGAUCAUCUUGUUGAAUCACAUGGAAGAAGACUUUAUUGGUAUCGUGUUAUUUGUUUUUUACAAAAUAUAUCUCUUACAAAUAAUACACCUAAACAAAUACAUUAUUAUUUAAAAGAAGUUUCGAAAUUACUUGUUUUAACACCAACUAUUUCAAAAGUAUUAAAAAUAAAACAAAAAUAUCCGAAAAUAAUACCAACUAAUGGAACAGAAAUACAAACAAUUCAUGAUCCAAGAUCAAAAACAUUUACAAUGAAUAAUAUUCAACUGAAACCUCUUCGAUACAAAUGA